CGUAGUUUCAUACCUGUUCCCUAUUCUGUGUGGAUGUCAAUUGUGGGCCACGGUGGAAUUCAGUUUGGGGGGGAAAACAACAACAGGCUAUUGAUAAAAUAAGCCGCGUAUAGCCUUGCCUUUCUGCACACAACUUCCAAGGCGUCUUUCCAUGUGGCUCAUCCCCUUAAUGCCUGGAUGAUGCCAUCGGAAAAAUCCGUCUCGGAUGCUCCCAUCUUCCAGUUUACCAACGGCUGGAUUUUGAAAAACCAUAAACUGCAAAGAGAGGACCUUUGGGUAAGAGAAGGGAAGAUCCUAAAUCCAGAGAAGCUGUUCUUUGAUGAGAAGAAAUCUGCAGAUGUCCAAUUGGACUGCAAGGGCAGCAUCAUCGCUCCUGGAUUCAUUGAUGUACAGAUCAAUGGAGGCUUUGGAGUGGAUUUCUCCCUGGCCACUGAUGAUGUGGCAGCAGGGAUCUCGCUGGUUGGCCAGAAGAUCCUCUCCCAUGGUGUGACCUCUUUCUGCCCAACGCUGGUGACGUCCCCAUCAUCAGUAUACCACAAGGUUCUGCCUCAGAUCUGUAUCGAAAAUGGAGGGCUUCAUGGCGCUGGUAUCCUAGGGGUUCAUCUGGAAGGUCCGUUCAUCAGUAAGGAGAAGAGAGGGGCUCACCCUGAGCACUGCCUUCGUACCUUUGAGAUGGGGGCCUUCCAGGAGCUGCUCGCCACCUAUGGGUGUCUAGACUGCGUCCGGAUUGUCACCCUGGCACCUGAGAUGAAGAGGAGCAAGGAGGUGAUCCAGGAGCUAACCAAGAGGGGCAUCUGUGUCUCUCUAGGUCAUUCCGUGGCUAACCUGUCUCAGGCUGAAGAAGCCGUUCAACAUGGCGCUACUUUCAUUACUCACCUCUUCAAUGCCAUGUUACCUUUCCACCAUCGAGAUCCGGGAAUCGUAGGGCUCCUCACAAGUGACCAGAUCCCCCCCGGCCGGCGAGUAUUCUAUGGCAUGAUAUCCGAUGGGAUCCACACGAAUCCUGCUGCUCUGCGAAUUGCACAUUGUGCCCACCCUAAAGGACUGGUCUUAGUGACAGAUGCCAUUGCAGCCAUGGGGCUUGCUCCGGGCAGGCAUACGUUGGGCCAGCAGGUAGUUGAGAUGGAUGGACUGAACACCUACAUUGCAGGGACCAAAACGCUGAGUGGCAGUGUCGCAACCAUGGAUACGUGUGUCCGACACUUCAAGGAUGCUACCGGGUGCUCCGUGGAGAUGGCGCUAGAGGCUGCUUCUCUCCACCCUGCUCAGCUCUUGGGGAUUGAGGACAGGAAGGGGACCUUGGAUUAUGACACAGAUGCAGAUUUUUUGCUACUGGACGACAACCUCCACAUCAGAGCUACCUACAUUGCAGGCCAGCAGGUCUGGAGAGACGGUGCCUUUGUGCUCUGAAAUCAGCGCCGAGCCUGGGACAUGCAGCACCGUGGCCCAGUGGAGAUUCUGGACAUCUUCCUUCCAAGGACCUCGAAUCUCUCUCUCGGUCUCUUUCUCUUGCCGCUGCAUUCCUCUUGGAGGAGCCAUGUACAAGCGGUGCUAGCUGGGGCAGUCCUUGCUCCCGGAUGCAAACCGUGCCCUCGGAUCAGCCUUGUGUUCCCACAGAGCUGUGUGGAACUCUCUGUCUCUACCCUCUGCCCCAGGAGAGUGAGGUGGCUGGCUACCUGGCGACCCUACAAAUGCCUACUUUCGUCCUUUCCUGCAGAACUGGAGGGAACUUCUCCCAUUCACCGUGUGAAUGCCAAGCCCUAGAUCCUACACCCAGCAUAAGCAGAUCCGUUUUCCUCCCACGGUGCCUCUCUGCUGGCCCGUAACGCCACGUAAUGCUAGAAAGGCACCUUCUUGAUUCUCAUCUGCCUUGUCUUUGAUUAAAGCCAGCUGGGGCAUUGAUGCAUGUGAAUUUACUGUAAUUCUAGGGUGCCAAGACUCGAUCAUGCACUGUUCAUACUGUGCCUUAGGUUGCUACAGUUCUUCACCCUCAUGCUGUAUUUAAGGGAACUAGUCACCAAGCCAUGCAACUGGCAGUUUCGCCAUCAUACCUUCCCCCUCUUCUCCAGUACUCCUUUAUGAAAAUGAGCUGGACUGGUUGUACUCUGUGCUUAAAGAAAUCCAGUAAGAUUCGGGGGGGGGGAGACUUCCAAAUUCUGCAGUCUGAAUAAAUUAUGCAAAUGUGUGCCUGUUUUGCAUACUAUAUUCUGUUUCUGCUAAUCCUGGGGCAAGAGUAGCUCUCCCGAGUCCUGGGCUUAUGAUCACUGGCAGUUCUGCUGAGUCUUUUGCCUCUGCUUCUGAGAUUAUUGCCUACAUGUUUUCAGACUUGUUUCUGUAUUCAUAGGGGACAGAACUUUGCUUUUAAAAAAAAAACACCCCAACAACCAAACCCCACCCCACCUGAAAUUGCUGAAUUCUAUUCUAGAAGUAAAAUUCUAUGACUGUGCAGUGGGUCUGCAGUUGCAUGGAAUAAGUUCAGUCCCAGUCCUACUAUACCCUGUUCAUAUUAUCUGCUUCUGGACUUUUGGAAGUUCCUUUUACAAAUAAAGGACCUAGUCCCCC